AUGGCUUCAUUGCUUCAAAAUACCACCGUUAGUAUAGCGAAAGGCGUCGUAGACACAGCCGAGAAGACCACGUCUGCUGUCGAUGACAACCUGAAGAAAGUUUCUGAUAUCCUAAAUAAAGGCACACCCGAGAUCCUCCAUGUCUACUCAUAUGAUGGAGAUACCAGACUCGUGAAGGAGAAAGCCUGCAUUCCGUUUGCCAACCCAGACGACGCAGGUCUGAAGCUUUCGGACAUUCGUCAGCUACUAAUCAGCGAAAAGGCCCUGGAACCAAGGCUGCAUGAAACACCUCUCUUUCGCCCCAUAUCGGAGGCAGUCGCAGACACCACCAGUUUCAGGGCGUAUCUCCAGAUUCUCAAUGAGAAGGACCGGACAGAAGACAAUGCCGACACCUACCGGGUGUACCUCAAUUCCAAGAAAAUCAUCGAGACCGGUUAUACCCAUGGUCUUCGCAACCAAGGGGAGAAGGUGGCGGUGGAUAAGAGUGCUGCCGAUUUCCCGGUCGCUCGACAGCCCACCAAGCCCCAGGAAGCCACUACCUUCAGUCACAAUAUCUUCUACAAUCCUGCCACGACGUUUAGUAUUGUCCAUCCAGCCGAUAUGUCGGAGAAGCAUUGGAGUGUGGUGAUGCGCAACAACUGUUUUGUGUUGAAACCACGCAACUUCUUCAACUACCAGAUCAGUGCGACGGCAGAGGUGGACUCAAUUGGAGAGGCAAAGCAAUCACUCCGGAUCCCUCGCUUCCGGAUUGACGACGACUCGUAUAUCAGACAGUUCGAAACGAAGAAAUCGGUGUCUCGAGCGAUGGCUGAAGCGUCCUUAUCUGAAACCGAUGCUAAAAUGGCCAUCGAAGGCGGCGCCUUUGGUUACAGUGCCAGCGCGUCGGCAAGCUACAGUGAGAGCAAAUCAUCAUCGUCGACCUCCAGUAGCACUCAAGAGAGUCGCGUAAUGACAAUCACCUACAAUUUUCCCCGAGUGGUCAUUGACUUCGAGCCGUCUGGCCUUGAUCUGAGCGAGGAAUGCAAGUUCGAUCUGGAGCGGGUCAAUACAGCUGCAGCCAUCGAUAUCUUCAAGAGCAAAUACGGCCGCUUUUUUACUACCAGGGUUCAGCUGGGCGGUCGCCUCCACAACUCGGAACAGAGUGAAUCCACCGACGUCGCGGCCACCGCAAAACAGGCCAAGUCGAUGAGGGCAGCCGCGGCGCUUUCUUUCUCCUCGCCUUGGGUGCAGGCGUCGGCCAGUGCAAGCCAUAGCAACUCGUCCGACUCUAGCUCCGAGAAGAGGGAUGUGUCAGCAUACAGCACGAUCAAUUGGGAGGCUCAGGGUGGCGAUACCCUGCAGUGCAACAACCCUCCCAACUGGGCGUACACUGUCGGCUCGUUUUACAACUGGAGACCCAUCCACCAAUCCAAGAUCAUGCCGCUUGAAGACGUCAUUUCCAUGGUGCCGGGAUAUGAAGAUACCAAGGCACGAUCUUAUCUAGUCGACACAAUCACUGACUCUAUCCCAGCCGAACUAGCAAGGCAGCUGUUAGCCUUGUACGGCACGGGCUUAUUUACCGCACAGAGAGAAAGGCUCAGUAAACAGUUGAACGAAGCGGAAUUUGGCAAGCUGCCCGUCCAGUUCGUGCAGUCCCAACGGACAGCUCAGGCCCCAGGUCAAGACUUCUCUAUUAUCACGGAGCAAGGCGAGACUCCAAAGCUCAAAUAUGACCAACAGUACAAAAUCAAGACCACCAUUGAGGGCAAGGAACAAUGGCUCGGCAUCAACCCUACCAUGGCUCGCGUGGUAGAGCAGGCUCUGGUUUGGGCAGGCAGUAACGCCGAGCAUGCGUGUUAUUUCACCUUUAUUCCGGUGGACCUUGGUCAGACGGGUCAGUAUGUGGAAUCGGACGAUUGUUUCUACAUCUACCUUUAUGAUCGACACAAGAACAAGAUCGGAUACGCUGGCCGUCCGGGCCUAUGGUUACUAACGCCAGAGGGACCGGACAGACAGGUGACCGAGGACGUCUAUAUCGAAAGGGGUGUCGCCAUUCAAAGAGCCAGAAUGCGACAGACUAGCGAAGAUGCUGUGGGCACCGAUGUGGAUAUUGGCGAUCUGAAAAGUGAGGCAAGCCUGUUCACGCUCAGCUACCUUUGAUCGCACGUUGCCAUCACACUGCUUUGCUCUUCUGUUGCUGUAAUCACAUCACGGAGGCUCAGGGUAAUCAUCAUUUUGCGGAUUCAGGCGGGCUGUGACACAGUACAACAACACAGGGCAAGCCAGCGAGCUCCUGCGUAGAACGUGACCUGUGCUUAUCUG